AUUCGUGGCAAUCUGGAUCUAUCUCAUUCGGUAGAUUUGAGAAUGAAGCUUUAUGUUGGGAGAGGAGAUCUUCUUUCACACAUAAUAGGUAUCUUAAAGAGGUUGAGAAAUACAUCAAGCCAGGUUCUGUAACUGAGAAAAAGGCAUAUUUUGAGGAGCUUUUUAGAAGAAGGGCACUUCUAUGCCAGAGUUCAUCUGACUGUCAGGAUGGGGCUGAUUCUCAAGCUAGUAAUGAUGGAUCUGAGAAUACAUAUUAUGAGGGGGACUUUAAGCAUGUUAAUGAGAUUGGCUAUUUUGCAUGCUUUGUUGAAAAUCAUGACAAAGUAGCCACUUUACUGGAGAAUGGAAAGUAUCAGGCUAGUGAAAAUGAAGGUUAUGUGGGGCGCUUUGAGCAUGUUAAUGAAGUAGGCCAUUCUGCACGCUUUGAUGAAAAUUAUGAUAGCUCAACCCAUUUAUCGAAGAAUGAAAAGUAUCAAGCAAAGAAUACAGGCUAUGAUGGAGAUUCUGAGCGAGUGAAUGAGGUUGGUGAUUCUGCAUGCUUUGAGGAGAGUUUUGAUGGAUCAACAACAAAGACAUCGAAGUCACAGAAUAUGGGGGAGAAGGAUCAAGAAACGGAGACAUUGAAGUCACAGAAUAUAGCGGAGAAGAUAGUAUAAGUUGUCAUUCUGGACCCCAGACUAAACAAGAUACCAAUAGUUCUGAUGUUCUUCAGAGUGCUCCUGAACUUCUGGAAGCUGAAGCAAAAUUUAAUCUCAUGCUGGAAAUUCAGCUUUUAAUUAUCCAGAGAUAACUUAUUUUAUACAAGUUUCUUCGGGUUCAAAAGCUAAUGUACUUAAUCAACAUAAAAGGUAUGUUGCUUUACCAUGUUGAAAAUGUGGGAUAUUUUGGUAGCACUGAUUCAUCCUAUUUUUCUUAACCUCGUUUAUUAUUGAAUGAUGUAGCACUGAAGAACAGCCAAUAGCAAGAAAGGUUGUCGCUUCUCGUGUUUCCUGUACAGAGAAAGUUAGCCAUAGAUUAUAUCAAAGUGUAAACAAAUAUAUAUCGUGGAGAAAUUUUGAGCUUUAACUCCAUAUUGUGUUCAUAAACAUAUAUCUUAGACAUAAUUAUUGUACAGGGAUAAGGAGAGUGUAAAUUCAUGUCAACCAGGCGUGAAACAGAAUGGAUCUAGUUUCUGUUUCAAAACUGAAGAG